AUGGUGACGCUCUGGGAUGCCCGCUUUGAAGUGACGUGGUUGUUGAAAGAUUCACUUUCGCCAGAAACAGCAGGUGCCGAAUCCGCACCAUCGUCAGUCGACGCGUCAUCGCUCCAAGAAUCUUCACUGGACGAGUCAUCGCUCGAUGAAUCGUCGGUUGAGGAAUCGUCACACGGGACCCAUAUCUUCAAACUCUCCGCGAGCAAGACGGUAUUCAAAUCGUUCGUGUCACCUCGCCACUCGCCGGGGAAGUCGUCCAGUCUGCGACGCUUGCACGGCGGUCCGGCGUCGUCAUCUGAAACAGACGGUAAAACCCUACAGACGGUAUCAGAUCCAGUAGACGCCUCUGCAUUACCUACCUCGACUCCAGCGCCAGAAACAGCAGGUGCCGAAUCCGCACCAUCGUCAGUCGACGCGUCAUCGCUCCAUGAAUCUUCACUGGACGAGUCAUCGCUCGAUGAGUUGUCUCUUGAGGAAUCGUCACACGGGACCCAUAUCUUCAAACUCUCCGCGACGCCAGAAACAGCAGGUGCCGAAUCCGCACCAUCGUCAGUCGACGCGUCAUCGCUCCAAGAAUCUUCACUGGACGAGUCAUCGCUCGAUGAAUCGUCGGUUGAGGAAUUGUCACACGGGACCCAUAUCUUCAAACUCUCCGCGAGCAAGACGUAG